AUGGCUCGCGGUUUUGCAAUCGUGGCUUCUCUGCUGCUUCGCCGAUCUGCUGCGUUUGAUGACGACGAGGCGUACAUCGUGUCUGCCUUUCAAGGUGAUGCAAAUUUUCUCUGGGGCUCUGCCACCGCUGCCGCCCAGAUUGAAGGAGCCUGGAAUAUUAGUGGCAAGCAAGCAUCGACUUGGGAUGACUUCUGUUACAGCAUUCCGCAUCGUGACACCACUGACCCCGACACUUUCAGCAAGACGUGCGGUAGCAUUCCUGAAGGUCAGAGUGGGUCUAGGUGGGUGACGUUGGAUGUCACGGAUGAUUUCUUUCACACGUACAACGGUGAUAUUGACUUGCUCUCUGGUGAGUAUGGCAUGAACGCGAUGCGUAUGUCUAUGUCUUGGCCUCGCCUGAUGCCUUUAAACAAGUCUUCGGGGAAGCAUGAAGUGAAUCCAGAGGGCGUCAAGUUUUACAAAGACGUUUUCGCGAUGAUGAAAAAGCGUGGCGUUACACCUUUCGUCACUCUCCACCAUUGGGAUGUUCCAAAUGACCUUUCCUGGCUGGAGGAUGACAUUGUGAAUCAUUUUUUGGAUUUUGCAAAAUUGUGCUUCAAUGAGUUCCCUGAGAUCACCAAUUGGGCAACUGUCAACGAGCCCAACUCAAUCUGCUCCGGAGGCUAUGGGGCAGGCGUUUUCGCACCUGGCCACAAGAGCACCACUGAUCAUCUAGUGUGUGGGCACCAUAGGCACAUGCGCGAUCAGUCGAUUACUUCAGGAAAUCUGGCAAGAAGGGCCACAUUGGAAUUGUUCUCGAUUACAAGUGGGCAUAUCCAAAUACAGACAGUGAAGCAGACAAUAGGGCAGCCGCGUACGACCGAGACAAUCUACUUGGUUUCUGGGCUGAGCCUAUCUUCAAAACCGGUGAUUACCCACAGAGCCUGA